AGCACAGGGAUUUAAAGCGAUUCUUUUUAUCAGCUUUCUACCACAUGGGUGAAUCUCACCUGGUCUACAACAUGAUGUCACUUCUAUGGAAGGGGAUCCAGUUAGAGACUUCAAUGGGGAGUGUUAAAUUUGCAUCUAUGGUUGCUGCCCUACUUGGUAUGUCUCAGGGCAUCACGCUGUUAUUAGCCAAAUCUCUUUUACUGCUUUUUGACCAUGAGAGAGCUUACUACCAUGAAUAUUCCAUCGGAUUUUCCGGUGUUCUAUUUGCCAUGAAAGUAGUGGUCAAUUCCCAAUCAGAUAACUACACUUCUGUCCAUGGACUUGUGCUACCAUCACGUCAUGCUGCUUGGGCUGAACUGAUUCUCAUCCAAAUGUUUGUACCUGGUGUUUCUUUUCUUGGUCACCUUGGUGGAAUACUUGCUGGCAUUCUCUAUCUACAUUUGAAAGCUUCCUAUUCGGGGUCAAACCCUCUAACUACAAUCAUAAGACGUUUUACAAGGAUACUGAGCUGGCCUGUAAGACUUGUGUGGGGCAUUUGUCGAUUCCAGCGACUGCAAAUUUUUGGCAGGGGAACUGUUGGUGGGAGUCAGGCUAGAAGUGCAACUGGCGUGUGGAGAUGCCAAGCAUGUACAUUUGACAACUCUGGUUGGUUAAAUGUGUGUGAGAUGUGUGGGACAGACCGUUUUGAUGAUGGACUGUCGUCCCUUGGAUCGUCAAAUCAGACUCACGACCUUCCUGUGGAAGAAUUACGGCGUCGCAGAGUUCAAAGAUUCGGUAGAUGAUAAAAAAAUUUACCAUUUUUAUAGGUAUUUUUACUACUGUUAGCUCAGCUCUCCAACUAUUACACCCGAUCUUUCACUUCUCUGCACAGUGCACACAUGGCCUAAUAAUGCACAAACUUGUGAUGUCGAAAAUUCGGUUGCCUCCGCGUCAAGCGAACUAGACCAAGAUUUCCUAGAAAAAGAAGUCGGAAAUCAGAGGAGCUCGAGUAAAAACUGUGUAAAGCUUGAUUGCAUAUUUGGGGGUAUCAACUAUAGUUGUAUUUAUAAGAGUAUUUAGUGAUAAAAUUGCGCUAGAACUGGACUCUAGCCCAUUGAACCUCGGUCUAAUUAAAAUUAGACUAUUAUGAAUUUGAACUUGAAUGGGUUUUAUACUUUUCAGGGUCGUUUGAUUGUUGUAUUAUAGAAGGUAUUAGAGAGUUUUACAUGAUUAAAAUAUUUCAA